AUGAACAUAGCAUUGAGGAAUAUAGGUCAUAUGACCUCACUGUCUACAAGACAGAACAUUGUAGCCAGAUCCAAUUUGAUCAUUGGAUCAGCACUUCAAUCAACAACAUCAGUAGCAGCAACAACUACAACAACACCAACAUGGCAACAAUAUAGAAAUAUGACUGUUGUUGGACAUUCAUACUUCAAGAAACAAUCAAAAGAGUACCAUCGCAACAGUACACAAUACGCCGUGUCCGACCGUACUGCGCUCGCCAAGAUGGAGAAGGAGUUUGUCAUGCCCCCGCGCCACGAGCCCAGAGGCAUCUCUGACAACUUUGCCAGAUUCGCCGUGUGGAGUCUAAGAAAGUUGUCCAACUUAUUCUUCAAGGAGAAGUACAUCCACUACGCAUGUGUAUUGGAGACUGUAGCCGCUGUACCAGGAAUGGUGGCGGGUAUGCUCCAGCAUUUGAAGACUCUUAGGAAUAUGGAGCAUAACAAUUGGAUCAAGGUGUUGUUAGACGAGGCAGAGAAUGAGCGUAUGCAUCUGAUGACCUUUAUGGAGAUCUCAAUGCCAACCAAGUGGGAGAGAGUUGGUAUUGCCUCUGUCCAGGCCAUCUACUGGAACUGCUUCCUAGUAUUCUACCUCCUCAGUCCAAGGACUGCCCAUAGAUUCACCGGAUACCUCGAGGAAGAGGCUGUCCUCACAUAUACCAACAUGCUUAGAGACUUGGAUGAUGGCAAGGUUAAGAAUGUUGAAGCUCCAAAGAUCGCGAUUGAUUAUUGGGGUCUGCCAGAGGAUGCCAAGUUGCGUGAUGUGAUCAUGGUGAUUAGACAGGAUGAGUGUGAUCAUCGUGAUGUCAAUCAUACUAUCUCGGACCAUAUCCGCUCGCACAAUGAGGACAAUGCCAUCGUCAUCCCAUCAGAGGUGCAUCCUCAGGAGACCAAGAAGUCACAUGCAGUGUCAUCGCAUGAGCACAAAGAGAAGGACAAC